AUGACGAGCCUCGAAAGACCGCCGCUCAUCGUCAACAAAGGCUUUUUGGAUUCUCGCCAAAAUCUUCUUAAGAUCGUGGAAGUAGUACGUUUCUUUUUUUUCAGUCAAUUUAAUGAUUCGAUAAUCAUGAAAAGCAGAACUUUUUGAAAGCAAAACCUUUUUCAUUCCAUGAAAAUGGCUUUCAUACUCUAUUAGAGGAAAUUUGUACCCAACCGUUUUUUUUGGCCUUUUAUAGUUUUAUUCCAGGAAACUUUGUUUUCUUCUACAUCAUUCCUGAAACAUGAAACUGUUCAUAAAUUUUCUGAGGUUGAAAGUGUAAAAGAUUUGAAACACCUAAGAGAACACUAAAAAUAAGUGUUUUUUUUUUGAAACUGUAAUCUUGUCAUUUUUCAGAUUCUUGGAGUCACCACCGCUUGUGUGAACAAUUAUUGCUACCCUAAUCCUUUCCAUUCUUACUGUACUGAAAGGUGAGCUUUUCACGAGAAAAUCAAUUUAAUUUCUGCUCGGAAUAUUUGGUAGCUUUUCCAGUACACUGUUCAAGGCACAGUGGCCUCUUUACCUUCAAAAAUAACGCUUUUGUCUUAACUUGAGAAAAAAAAAAACAAUAAGUCUUAUUUGUCAGGCUCACAGAGUCUUCAUCUUAGGUGUUGUAUAAAUCAUAAUUGAUCAAUUUUCCUCUUAAAAAAUCUUCAAGAACAAAAAAAACGUUCUUGUGAGGUUUGAUUUUACGUUGAACUCUUUCAGAAUAUUCUACGCGACUCAACUUUUUUCGAUACUCGUGAUCAACAUUUUUUGUAUUGCUCUAACAGCUCUUCUUGCAAUGGCCAAUCUUCUUGGGUUUUAUGAUGCUUUUUACAAAUUCAAUUUUCCAGUUCUGGUCAGUUUUCGACGUUUAUUUCAAUGACAGAGGGAAUUUUUUAGGAAAGGUUUCUAACCACAUUGUUUGCCGUUCUGUAUCUGACAGAUGUAGUGAUAAUAUUUUCGGACGUUAUGAGCGUUCCUUUCAGUCCUGCCUGGAUGCUUCCUUUGGUGAGUAUUUGAAAGAAAAAAAGCGUUAUUUUGACAAAACUCUACAGAUCUUCACAUUAUGGACCGCUGUGGUAUAUAGCGCCGACGCGUAUUUUUUGUGGAGUAAAAGAAAUUACCGCGAGCAAUGGUGA